ACUCAUAAAGGAGAUCAACUAUUUGACUGUUCAUUUUGUAAAAAGAGAUUUUCAAUGAUAAGUUCUUUAAAAAUUCACCUCCGUACACACAAAGGAGAAAAACGUUAUGAACGUUCACGUUGUGAAAAGAAAUUUCCACAAAGGAGUACUAAAAAAACUCAUCUGUUAACACACACAGGAGAAGCACCUCAUGAGUGUUCACAUUGUGGAAAGAAAUUUCCAUAUAGGAGUACUCUCAACACUCAUCUCCUGAUACACACAGGAGAAAAACCUUAUGAAUGUUCAUAUUGUGAAAAGAAAUUUUCACGAAUGAGUACUCUCAAUGAUCAUCUGCUAACACACACAGGCGAAAAACCUUUUGAAUGCGAAAACUGUAAAAAGAAAUUCACACAUAGGAGUACUCUCAGCAAACAUCUCCUAACACAUACAGGAGAAAAACCUUAUGAAUGUUCAUAUUGUGAAAAGAAAUUUUCACAAAGGAGUACUCUAAAAACUCAUCUGUUAACGCACACAGGAAAAGCACCUUAUGAAUGUUCACAUUGUGGAAAGAAAUUUCCAUAUAGGAGUACUCUCAACACUCAUCUCCUGACACACACAGGAGAAAAACCUUAUGAAUGUUCAUAUUGUGAAAAGAAAUUUUCACAAAAAAGGGAUCUAAAUAUCCAUCUUUCAACCCAUACUGGUGAAAAGCCAUAUGAAUGUUCAUACUGCGAAAAGAAAUUUUCACAAAAAAGGGAUCUAAAUAUCCAUCUUUCAACCCAUACUGGUGAAAAGCCAUAUGAAUGUUCAUACUGCGAAAAGAAAUUUUCACGAAUGAGUACUCUAAGAAAUCAUCUGCGAGCACAUACAGGCAAAAAACCUUUUGAAUGCGAAAACUGUGAAAAGAAAUACGCACAGAAGAAUGCUCUCAACAAACAUCUCCUAACACAUACAAGGGAAAGACGUCAUGAAUGUUCACAUUGUGAAAAGAAGUUCACACAGAAAACUGAUCUAAAUAUCCAUCUUGCAACCCAUACUGGGGCAAAACCUUAUGAUUGUUCACACUGUUAAAAGAAAUUUUCACAUAAGUGUAACUUAAAAAUACAUCUUCUAACACACACAGGAAUAAAAUCUCAUGAAUGUUCAUGAGUAAAAAUAGUCUGGAUGGUCAUCUUACAACGCACUGCAUGGAUGUCCUAUUGUGAGAAAGGAUUUACACAUUAGAGAGAUCUUGAAUGCCAUCUUUUGACUCACAAAAGAGAUGAACAUUUUAACCGUUAAUUCUGUAAAAAGAGAUUUUCAUUGAUAAGUUAUCAAAAAAUUUAUCUCCAAGCACACACAAGAGAAAACCUUGUGAAUGUGAACACUGACAAGAAAUAUUCAAAGGUCAGCCCAAAUCUCAUUUUGUAACACACAAGAGAAAAAACUUAUGAAAGAUAUUAGAGAAAGAAAUUUUUUCAAAGGAGUACUCUCAACACUUAUCUGCUUACACAAACUUGUGAAAAACCUUAUGAUUGUUCAUAGAUGCAUUGUAAAACGAAAUUUGCACAAAGAAAUACUCUAAAAAAUCAUCUGCUUACACACAGGAGAAAGCCUUAUGAAUGCGAAUACUGUCAAAAGAAAUUUGCAUGUAGUAAUACUCUCAACACUCAUCUGUUUUUACACACACCUAAGAGACAAAACCUAAUGAAUAUUCGCAUUGUGAAAAACAAAAAUCACAGAAAAGCAAUCUGAAUAUCCAUCUUUCAACCCAUACUGAUGAAAAACCUUAUGUUCACACUGUGAACAGAAAUUUUCAAAGAAAAGACGGCUUAAAUUUCAUUUCGUAACACACACAGGAGAAAAACCAUGUAAAUGAUUAUAGUGUACUUUGUAGAAAGAAAUUUGCACAGAAGAAUAUUCUAAAAAAUUGUUUGUUCACACAAAGGAGAAAAACCUUAUGAAAGUUCACAUUGUUAAAAGAAAUGUCCACAUGAGAGUACUCUCAACACUCAUCUGCUUCAUGUAGUGCACAAAGGAGAAAAACUUUAUGAAUUUUCAGAUUGUGAAAAGAAGCUUGUACGUAGGAAGUCUGUCAAUAAUCAACUGUUAACACACACAGGAGAAAAACCUUAUGAAUAUUCACAUUGUGAAAAGAGAUUUGCACAGAAGAGUACCCUGUGGAGUCAUAUCCUAACACACACAGGAGAAAAGGCUUAUAAAUGUUCACAUUGUGAAAAGAAAUUAUCACAGAUAUACGAUCUGAAUUUCCAUUUUUCAACCAAUACUGGGAAAAACCUUAUGGAUUAUUCACAUUGUGAAAAGAAAUUUUCACAUAAGUGUAAUUUAGAUAGACAACUUCUAUCACACACAGGAGAAAAAUCUAAUGAAUGAUCUAAUUGUGUAAAAAUUUUCAUGGAAAAGUAAUCUGGAUGUUCAUCUGUUAACGCACAAGGGUAAAAAAAAAAAACUUUUAAAUAUCCACACAGUAAAAAGAAAUUUUCACAAGAGUCAUCUCAAAGGUUUAUUUCCAUUUGGUCUACCGGUAAUCCCAAUUCAUUCAAACACUAACUUGUUUAAUAUUAUUUGGUCUUCCAUCAGAUUGUCCAUUAUCCACUUGGUCUUACUGUCAUUUCGUCCUCUCACCAUUUGUCUAAAAACCAGUUGGUCUGAUAGCCAUUUAGUCCUUAUACCAUGUGGUCUAAUUGGAAUGUUUUGGGAGCAUGAAUGAAAUGAAUGAAAAAUAGGUAUUAAACCAACUGGUUUUGAAACAAAAUGGAAAUAGACGAACUGGUGUUAUACAAUUUACCAUCUCAAAUCUAAUUUCUCGACAAACAUGGAAAAAACUUUAUGAAUGUUCACUUUGUAUUUUCUCAGUACAGUCAUCUAAAAAUGAAUUGUUAUCAAAUAAGGGAGAAAACUGUAAUGAAUGUCCAUGCUGUAAAAAAAGACAUCUUCAGGGACAUCAUGAGAGAAAAAGCAAAUUUUCACACAGUUAAAAUAUUUUACAAGAUUUUCAUGAGGACACUUUUCUUUAAACCACACUAGGUUAUUUUCAUCUUGAUUUUUACACUGCAAAAAAAAUGAGUUCUAAUAGAGUAAAAUAGAAAAGGUGAAAAAAGAAAAAGUGAUAUUUUUUUCACCACCCCUUCCGGAGAUAACUCCCUAGGAAAAACCUAUCAAACAUUCAUGAAUUCUCCCUCUGAAAGUGAUAAUUUAGAACUGGAAUUGUUCUAAUUUUCUUACUAUUUUACACUUUGUUUUAAUAACACUUGGUGCUAUCUCUCACAAAAACAAUCUUUAUAUACAUAUAUUUUAAUUCUCAUAGCCAGUUUAAUAUGAUACAUUUUCUUUUGUUCCCAGUAAUAUUAGAUUUUGUUUAAUGUUUAAGAUCACACUACAAAAAGAAUGAAUUAAAACCCUUAAUUUUUUCAUUUUUUAU